AUGAGUAGGGCUGAUGGUUCAACUGGAAUUGAUACAACUACACUGGAAGGCUUGCAGUUGAUGUUAAAUGUGACCAACCUAGGUAGGUACCAGAUUUAUAUUGCCAUUGUCAUUCACAAGGGGGCCGCGGAAUAUGAAUCAACAUUAUCAAGAUGCAAUGGCAGUAUGUCGAGCGAUGGGAUUUCCAGACCUUCUUCUCACGUUCACGUGCAACCCGAGUUGGUCAGAAAUCCAACAGGAGAUAUAAUUUCAACAAAUAUCUACGUCAUCGAAUGCCAAAAGAGAGGAUUACCGCAUUCACACAUUAUUUUGACGUUGGCUGCAGAAAACAAGCUAAACUCACCAGAAGAAAUUGAUGAAGUGAUAUGUGCCGAAAUUCCUAAUGAGGUAAAUGAUCCUUUAGCAUUUGAAACUAUAAUGAGGUGCAUGAUACACGGUCCCCGUAGUGAUGGUAAUCUAUCUGCCCCAUGCAUAGUCAAUGGAAAGUGCUCCAAGCAUUAUCCGAAAAAAUUAUUCGAACAAACAACGGUAGAUAAAAAUGGUUUUGUAAUCUAUAGACGGAGGAAUUCUGGAAAAAAGUACAUAGUGAAUGGAGUUGAGAUAGAUAAUCGGUGCGUCAUUCCCUACAAUCGUGAUCUCUUAGUAAAGUACAAUGCCCAUAUCAAUUUGGAACGAUGUGUACACACCAAAUUGAUCAAGUACUUAUAUAAGUACGUGCACAAAGGACCUGAUCGUGCAACCAUUGUGCUCGAGAAUAACGUUGCUAGGACUGCAGGCGGUGGCCAUUGUAGUUAUUCAAUGACUGAUGAGGUAAAACAAUAUUUGGAUUAUCGCUAUGUCUCCGCAAUUGAAGCUUGCUGGAGAAUCUUUGAGUUUGAAUUGCAAAAACAGUACUGUUUUGUUGAACGGUUGCAAUAUCAUCUUCCUGGUGAACAGUCAGUUUUGUUCAGAGAUUCAGGAAAUAUUCCCGAAAUUAUUAAUCAACCAGGGAUACAUGAUACGAUGUUUACGAAGUGGUUUUAA